UACAUUUAAAUCUACAAAUAUCUGUUUAAUCUUGCUCACGUUUUAAUCUGGAUCAGAACUUCGAGGAGUUCGUUGAGUUUCGUACCCGUUUAAAUUGUGGUCACGUCUCAAAUCUGAUUGUGCUACAUGACAUACCUAAACAGCAUUCUUGGGUAUAGGUGCUGUCAGAAAUGCUGUCCAGGUCGACGGCGGUUGAGACGCAACCUGCGUGUGCUCCUCCCAGCUCUUUCACUCGAGUUUAGUCGUUUGCCGGUGGAGGACUCCCAUUAGUCCGGAACCUGCGAGAGCCAUCGAUUCAAAUUCAAAUGAAAUGUCCAAGGACGGGCGCCGCUCGUGUUCCGCUUUGAGGGCGCUUUGCGAGAGGCUCUUCAGGUCGUCUAAGACCGAAGUUCCAAAACCGGCGAAUACCAGCAAACUUCAGACACAAAAUGCCCCGAACCCGCCCUCUUCUGAGGCCUCCGGUGAAAUCUACACGGCGCUGUGGUCCUUCAGGGCUCGCGCGGACGAGGAGCUGUCCUUUCAGGAGGGAGAGCAGUUCCGAAUCUGCGAGCGUCAGGGUGACUGGUGGACGGCCGUUAAACUGGACACAAACGGAAGGGUGACCGACAAGGGCGUCGUUCCUCAAAACUACCUUGCGAGAAGGAAGACGGUGAAAGAGCAACCUUGGUAUUUUGGGACGCUGAACCGCUUUGAGACCCAGAAUUUGCUCUUGGCGCCGGGGAAUGGAGUUGGCGCUUUCUUGUUGAGACACAGUGAAAGAGAUCACAUAGGGUGUGUAUUAUCAGUGUUAAUCAAUAACAAGGAAGUGAAACACAUUAAAGUCCACCAGAAUCAGAAUGUAAGUUUCUAUUUGGAUCAGAGUCAGAUAUUUCAGAGCCUGGAGAACCUGGUGGAGCACUACAAGAGGAACAUCCUGAGCUGUGGUAUCUGUCUUACACGGCCAUGUGCACGGCCAGAACCAAAACCACAGGAUCUUUCCCACCAAACAGUAGAUGACUGGGAGUUACCAAAAGAGGAAUUCACUCUGGAAGAGGAGCUCGGUAAAGGAUACUUUGCUGAUGUUUACCGUGGAAAAUGGAAAGGCAUGGUCAAUGUAGCCGUCAAGAUCCUCAAAAGCAAUGAGUCUCUCAAUCACAGGGAGUUCCUGAUGGAGACUCAAAUACUGAAAAAGCUGAGACACAGACAUCUUAUCACACUCUUUGCCAUCUGCACAAGCUCCACCCCCUUCUACAUCAUCACUGAGCUUAUGGAAAAAGGCAACCUGCUCAGUUUCCUCCGAGGCGAGGAGGGGCAGAACCUGGAGCCGCAGGAACUGAUAGAAAUGGCGAGUCAGGUGGCUGAUGGGAUGGCGUACCUUGAGGAGCAGAACAGCAUCCACAGAGACCUGGCAGCCCGGAAUGUUCUAGUGGGACCCAAUUACAUCUGUAAAGUGGCCGACUUUGGCCUAGCUCGCAUCGUCAAGGACCCAUUUUACUCAUCUGAUGAUAAAACAAUACCAUAUAAGUGGUGUGCUCCUGAAGCCAUCAGCCAUGGAAGGUUCUCCAACAAAUCUGAUGUUUGGUCGUUUGGGGUCCUGCUAUAUGAAAUGUUCAGUUAUGGCGGAGUCCCGUAUCCAGCUUUCUCAAAUCAAGAAGUGUACAGUAUGAUCACAUCGGGCUACCGAAUGCCUUCGCCCUCUAAGUGCCCGUCGCACAUCUAUGAGAUAAUGCUGAUGUGUUGGAAAGACUCAGCUCACGAAAGGCCAGAUUUUAAUGAACUGAGGGCUCUCCUGGAGAGCUCCUGUAGUCGAUACAUGGAUUGGACAUCUGAGAGCUGCAGUAACACAUCAGAUCCAGCAGAAGGCAUCAGUUAACAGUGCCAUGCAAAGACAGACAAGUGGGAAUGUCCCAACAACAGCUGUUUAUGCAUCUAAACGCCUUUCCACUCAUUUUUUUACAGUAUUUAUGCACUUUUACUUUUUUGUGUGCUUAGUUUCUAAUUUCAUGUGUGAAUUAUUUACAUUAAAUGUAGUAAAGCCCUUCUCAAAUUGUACUUGGAUAAUACUGAAGAUUAUUUUAUCCACCUUUAUCCCAUCCUGAUUUGGAGACGUAUACGUUUCCGAAUGGAUCAUAUGGACUUAAAUAAAUAAAACCAGUUUUAUGUUCUGCUAAAUAACUUCCCUUCACCAGAUCUGCACCCUGAAAUUUAAAGUAACGGUAUAUAAUAAAUACAUUUUUGCAUCAGAAAUGCAAAUAUAUGAUAAUAAAAACUAAUUUCAAUAAAUCCUUUUUUUUCACUAGGGACUAAAA